UUUCCUCAAAACUCUCCUUUUGGGAUCCCUCGAUUGCACGAUUUCGAGGCGAUUUCCGUCAGCAUAAGUACAUCUCCUGCGUUAGGGUUCGUCUGGCGUUCCGAAGAGGAAAGGUGUCUUUUUUUCGUUGCCUGUUUGAUUUGAAUCCCGAAAGGAGAGUUAGAAAUGGACCAUGAUGAAACUGGAUGCCAAGCCCCUGAAUGCCCAAUUCUUUGCAUCAACAAUUGUGGUUUUUUUGGAACUGCCGCGACCAUGAACAUGUGCUCCAAAUGCCACAGGGAGAUGAUUCUUAAGCAGGAACGGGAAAAGCUGGCACAAUCCUCAAUUGAUAGCUUUGUCAAUGGCAGUGGUAGCGGGAAGGAACCCAUUGUUGUGGGCAAUACUGAUGCAUUUGUGAACUCUGCUGAAGUAAAAUCGCUUAAGCUCCAACCAUCUGAUGGUUUGGGAUCGAGUGAAGGUGGAGAAACAAAAAUCAAGGAGGGUCCGAAGAAGUGCACAGCCUGCAAGAAACGUGUGGGCCUGACUGGAUUUAAUUGCCGGUGUGGAAACCUUUUCUGUGCUGUACAUCGCUACUCGGACAAGCAUGACUGCUCAUUCAACUACCGAGAAGAGGCUCAGAAUGCAAUUGCUAAAGCAAAUCCUGUCGUCAAGGCAGAAAAGCUUGAUAAGAUCUAAGGGCAUACAAUGAAGCUCGAUCAUCUCGGUUACAGUGAGAUCUGCAUACAGUGCCUUUUCUUUCAAGAUGUCAGUCUUCUGUGUUGCUGUAUGAAUUGCUGGAGGAAUGAUGCAGUAGGGGCAUCCUCCUUGCACCCGCAAAAACUCUAUCUUCUUAUUGGAAAGGGUUUGCAUGUUGCAUCUGGUGUGUGAGCUUUAAGUUGUGCUGGUCUAGUAGACAAAUAUGUUCUCAUCAAGUAUGCUUCGGUUAUAAAAGUUGCUACCGCUGCUUCUAAA